AUGGAGGGGAUUGAAGGGAUCGUAGUUGGGAUAGUUGGCAAUGGAGUGGCAGGAAGUGGAGGUAGAGUGACCUUGGGGGCAGCAGGGAUGGAAGGCAAUGUUGGAAUAUUUGGCAAAGGGAUUUGGGUUCUUGGGAUCAAAGGGGUAGUUGGCAAUGUGGGUUUAGGCAAAGUAGGAAAGGAAGGCAGUGGAGACAUAGUAGGCUUGAGAGUGGGAAGAGAAGGAAUUGUAGGUAGUACCAAUGCCGGGGGUGGAGCCGCCAUAUCCAAGAGGUGCCGAGCUGCCAGGCUCAUAUCAAUGCUUGAUAAAGACAAAACUGCUACCACCACAGAUAGUAGGAAACAAUGCUUGAAAGCAGCCAUUGCUUCUUGCUUGAUAUGCAAGGAACUUGUGUUAUUUGUUUUGAAUGGAAGGGUUACAUUCCUAAUAGGUUUUUAUUGGGAGUGA